UUUUCAUCAUCGAAUCACACGAACUGGAUCUUGCGCAGGCAAUACCCCGAGCUUUGAAGGUAGCUGAGGAGAUGAGACCCGAUGUGCGCGCUGGUGACGCCUUGCUUGUACUCGACAGAGAGAACCAGGAUGACGCUCAGAGGAAAUUAUGCCAGCUGGUGUCUCAAGGAGUAUCAAUGAUAAUUGACUUAUCCUGGAGUCCUUGGGAGGUCGCUGAACAACUGGCUUCCAAUACUGGUGUACCCAUCCUUCACACGUCACUUUCAUCGCAGCAACUAAUCAAAGCUCUGGACGACUACCUCGAGACUCGAAAUGCCACAGAUGCCGCGUACAUUUUGGAGAGCGAGAGCGAUGUAGACCGCACCUUAUACACCCUGCUGGGCCACUCCAACGUCCGAGUGUGGGUUCACGCGGGCCUCACGAGGGACUCGGCCCGCGCUUUGAAAAGCAUGAGGCCUGAACCCAGCUUUUAUGUUAUUGUUGGGGAGACUGGAUUUGUUAUGGAUACUUAUCGGAGAGCUGUAAAGGAAAAGCUUGUCCGCCGAGACUACCGCUGGAACCUGGUCUUCACGGACUACCCAAGUACAGUCGACACUUCAGACAUGAUUAUACCUACAAUGAUAUUAUAUAUUGACCAGAGCGAGUGUUGUAAAUUGACCGGGCAAAGGGAGGAGUGUAGUUGUCCCAGUGAUAUGCAGAGAAAACAACUAGUCCUCAAUAGCCUGUUAUCCUACAUAACAGACUCGUAUUUCAAGCUGGAACGCGAAUUAGACCCCGUAGUGGUACAGUUGGACUGCGAAGCCCCAGCGGUGGAACUUAAUGGUACAAGAGCUAGAAUUUGGAGAUUGUUUGCUGAAGAUGUUGAGAUAAAUAACGACACAACUUUCUAUUGGGACCAAGACAGAUCUGCCCUCUUGCUCCGAUCGCGCUUCAUACUCUCGACGUACAAACCGGAGGAAAAUCUACAGACUGUAGCGAGCUGGUCUGCCGACGACGAGUACAAGUUGCUUCCAGGAGUUGAGCUGGAGCCGUUGAAGUUUUUCUUCAGGAUUGGAACUACUCCAGCUGUACCUUGGACCAUGCCCAGAUUAGAUCCCGAAACCGGCGAGCCGCAAUAUAAUAAGGAUGGUCAACCGAUCUACGAUGGAUAUUGCAUAGAGCUAAUCGGCAAAUUGGCGGAGACAAUGGAAUUUGAUUACGAGAUUGUUACUCCGAAAAGUGGAAGUUUCGGACGAAGACUUACUAAUGGCAGUUGGGAUGGUGUUGUCGGAGAUCUUAUGAGAGGGGAAACGGAUCUAGCAGUGGCAGCGUUAACAAUGACAGCGGAGAGAGAAGAAGUGAUAGAUUUUGUCGCGCCUUACUUCGAACAAACUGGAAUACUUAUUGUAAUACGUAAACCAAUUCGCAAAACAUCUCUGUUCAAAUUCAUGACGGUCCUCCGUACCGAGGUCUGGCUCAGCAUCGUGGGCGCUCUGGUCCUCACUGGUUUCAUGAUCUGGCUGCUGGAUAAGUAUUCGCCGUACUCGGCGAGGAAUAACCCUGAUGCUUACCCUUAUCCUUGUAGAGAGUUCACCCUGAAAGAGAGUUUCUGGUUCGCCUUAACAUCUUUCACGCCACAAGGGGGUGGCGAAGCGCCUAAGGCAUUGUCCGGACGGACAUUGGUAGCAGCGUAUUGGUUAUUUGUCGUUCUCAUGUUAGCUACUUUCACUGCUAAUUUGGCAGCGUUUCUCACUGUGGAGAGAAUGCAGACGCCAGUAUCGUCGCUAGAGCAAUUGGCGAGGCAAUCACGUAUAAACUACACCGUCGUAGAAAGCUCUACUAUACAUCAAUACUUUAUUAACAUGAAGUUUGCUGAAGAUACGUUGUACAG